ACCAGAGAUAAGUCCUAGUUUCCCAACAUUAGAGGAAGAGAGCUCAGUAGAGCAAACUACUAAAAUGUCCAGCAAAGACACUACGGUUCCUACAUCUUCUUCGUUGUUUAGCACUGAGAAAUCAACUGUUCUUUCCAUUGGGGAACAAGCCAGUGCUACCACAGCUCAGACAGAGAGGUCUUCAGUCUCUGCAAUAACUGAUAAGACGGUACAAAGUGCCAUGGUCACUAAAGCAGCUGAAGAUGGCUCAGGUGACCAAACAUCUGACAUGUACACUGAUAUCUCUUCCCUCAUAAAUGUCACAAAACUGCCAUCAUUUACAGGAGAACCAUCCAUUUCGCCAUCCUCUGAUGAGACACUCACAAGCUCAAUGACAAUGUCUCCAAGUUGGGCAUCUGUUAAAUCCUCUGUUAUGGAAAUGGAUGAUGAUUCUAUCAGCAGUAUAUCUACAAUGGUGGAGUCCAUUCCUUCAUUCAGUGGACCAACCAUGGGCCCUGGAACUGCAUCAUUGGCAGUUCAACCAACCACUCAAGCUGAAAAGUCUGGAGACAGCAGUGUUGAUUUCACCGCAGAGUCCUUACUUCAGGCAACCACUCUGUCCUCAAUGUUAAACACUGAAACUCCAUCAGUGACUGCCACAAGUCAAACAGAAAGAUUGUCAGCUACACCAGAGACAAGUUCUACUCUCUCAAAAACAGAUGAAGAUGGCUCAGGUGACCAAACCCAAUACAUGUUCACGCAGUCUUCGUCUGUCACGUCUAAAACCUCUCUGUUUAGCACUGAGGCACCAACUGCAACAUCUCCGGUUACAUCAUCUGCUGUUUCAGACAUUAAGGAUCAAGACAUUAGCAGUGGAACUAUAAAGGCUGAUUCAGUUCUUACCUCAAUUGGAUCAACCCUUAAACCGGAAACAUCAUCAUUGCUCAUUCCCACAGGAACAGAGGGUUCUGGAGACAUCACCCAUGAUUUUCCUCAAGAGUCAACCAUCAGAGCAACUACUUUCUCUUCAUUGUCGAGUACAAAGUCACCAUCAGUGACAGCAUCACAUGAAACUGGAACAAGUGACACUUUGAAAACAGCUAUUACCAGAGCUUCAUCAUUAUACAGUACUGAGAAACCAACAUCUGGAUCAGCUAAAACUCAAGAUACUGUUACGACAAGUCUAACAAGUAAAACAUCAGCUACACCAGAGAUAAGUCCUACUCUCUCGAAAACAGACAGCACUGACAAUUUCACUAAAGCGCCCUUCACCACAGUAACUGCUGUCUUAUCAAUGUCUAGCACAGAUUUGCCACCAAUCACAGCAUCACGUGAAACUGAAACAAGUAAAACUUCAGCAAUCCAGAUCAUUGAAGAUUUGGAGACAAGUUCUACAAUUAGUUUUUCAGAAGAAGACGGCUCAAAUGGGCACACAACUGCAAUUCUAACAGAGGAAUCAUCCACUCUGUCUUUUGUGCCAACUACUGACCAAAAAGGGAAUCCAAGCAGUCACUCAGCUAUAGUUAUUGGCAGCUCACGGGAAACAGUUACUGCAUCUCCUAGCUCCACAAGCCCAUCCAUUCCUAUAAUCGAUGAGAGUGAGUUGAUUUAUCAAACCACCACUGUUGCUGGUAAAAAAAGCACUUUUUCUUCCAUGUUCAGCACAGAAAGACCAACAGUAACCACAGGAUUACUUGAACCUGACCAAAUUUAUACCUCUGAAUCUACUAUUACGUCUCCUCCAACUGACAUCUCAUCAUCCUCUUUGUUCAGCACAGCGAAACCUAUGAUCACAACUGUUGCAAGUGUGGCAGCCACAAAGACAAUGACAGAUAUUACUUCAUCUCUUCACAGUACUGAAAAACCUAAAGUGGUUUCAGCGAGCACAAUGCAUGCAGAGGGCUCUGGUGACCAGUUCACUGAUAUGUCGGCUCAGAUCUCAGCUGUGACAGAUUCUUCGGUUGCAACCUCCUCUCAUGGCACUAAAAUCAUUGACGUUUUAAAAUCUCAAGUAACCAUAGCUUCUUCUCUCUACAGUACUGAGAAACCCACACUAGUACCACCAACUGCAUCCAUCGAAUCUAAAACCAAAAUCCCAUUUUCUACAGCCACAGAUACAAUUGAAAUAGCUGAGACUCAGACCACAUCACAACCUAUUGUUGAAUCAUCAUCCCAAACUACUUCACUGUUGAUGAAAGAAGACUCUACAGAUGUUACCCACUUUUCUACCACAAUUGAGGCUACUUCUGUAUCAGACUCUGACACAUCUGAAUCCACAGAUAAAACUCCAACAACAACAGCCUUUGAUCAACACACAAUAAUGACCUCUGAGCCAUCAAUUGCCUCCACUUUUAUGGGAGGAGAAAGUUCAAGUGCAGGAGAUUUUACAACAGUCCCAACAAGUACUUUUACCUUGGGAACCUCUCAACCCAUGGCGAUCCCUAGUGUCACUGUGUAUACCUUAAAGGAAACCUCCACAUUUAUUGACAUGGAGAGCUCUGGCAGCUCUACCGAUGAAGAUGAUUUGGAAUCUAGUACAGAUGGAUCUGGUGCAGGGAUAUCCAUUGAGACUACCAUAAAACCCCAGAAAGAAUUUACUGAAGCCAUAGAUGAGACUGAAUUUGAUGACAAAGUGAGCACCCCUGACAUGUUAAGUGUCGCAUCCUCAACUCAAUCCAACACACAGCUUACCAAGGAAUUUAUGACAUCAACUCAAUCACCACACCUGACAAGCAGUGAGCAUUUUAUUACUGAACAGGGCAGUGGGGUCUUCACAGAUGACUCUACAUUGGAGGAUGAGAGUUCAGGUGAUGAUCUUUCUGAUGGACCAACUACAUUUGAACCAGUCACAAGUCAUCCCCUGUCCACAACUGUUGCAGCUACAAAAGGAAUCAUGUUAUCAUCUAGUGCUGUUGCUUUUCCUGAGGAGAGCUCAAGUGACCAAACAACUGCUUUAUUGGACAUUAAAGAUAUAGAGAUAAAGAGUACAGCUUCUUCCCUAUUCAGCACAGAGACACCUAAAACAACAACAUCAUUGCAUGAAAGUGGACCAUAUGUUUCAACAUCUGCUCAAACAGUAUCAUCUUCUCUCUACAGCACUGAGAAACCAAACAUAACAGUAUAUGCUGUAACAUCUGCCCAGUUGGGUAACACGUCUUUAUCUGCAACAGCUACAUCAACACCAAGUUCAGCCUUCACAUUUGGAGAAGCCACAGGUGAAACUGAAACCCUUGUGUCUUUCACAGCAACCACUGAUGAGCAGGUUUCCUCACAGUCGGGGGACAUUGCUCCAGAUACAGAAAGACCCAUCGCUUCUGAAUCGACAGUGCCUUCUGUCUCAAGCAUUGACCAGGAGGAAUUUACUCUAGCCGAGCACAUAACGCAGUCAUCCUAUACAACUGUCUCCCCCCAUACAAAAGAAGCGUCAGUUAGUGAUCACUCUGCAAUUGACUUCACCACAGAAAGCUCAAGCACUGAACAUAAGCAAACUGUAGGCACAAUGAUGUCCCCCCCUAUUCCCUCCAUUAUAUAUCAAAGCAUCACAGACCAACAGGUUGUCAUCAUUACUCCCAGUAGCAGCAUAGCCAAAACUGACCUAACUGAACAAACACCUACCAUGGUCCUGCAUGUGUCUAAACCAUCAGACAGCACAACCAUCAUAUUCACAGAGGAUGCAAAAGAUGAAGAUGAGCUUUUCUCUACAGCUACAGACAGUAUGAGGGAAGGAAGCCCCACUCCCGAACUUAUUACCAAAGAUGAUAAUAUCAUUGAUGCAGACACUAUCUCCAUAGUUCCCUCUUCUUCCUUUUACCCAACAAUUCAGACAGAGGAAGCUGGAGGUGUCACACCAAUUACAAUGUCUCAAAUGUUGGAAGUAACAGAACAAUCAGAAGGUUCAGGGACUGAUGCCACCUUCUUUACUCCUACACCAGUAACUUUACAUGCAACCUCAAUCACUGAAUUGGCAUUAGCCUUUUCGUCUUCAGAAUAUUCAACACCCACUCCAAAACCAACAAUUGUGGAAGGUGUAUCUAGUAUGGAGACAUCUAGUGAAGAGGUGGAGACAUCUAGUGAAGAGGUGGUUACAUCUAGUGAAGAGGUGGUUACAUCUGCACCACAGGCCACUCCAGCUAACACUCUGUCCACAAAUUCAGUCUCUCAAGUAACCCAUUUAACUACACCAUAUACUGUAUUUCCUAAUGAGACACAAUCAAAACCAGUUCCAGAGCUGGUGGACAAUGACUUUUCAGGCGAUGACACUGCUGAUAAUGUUACUGAGUCUAUCACUGAGAUUGCUGCUUCAUCAUUUGUGCCUUCUCAAACUUUAACUGAAACAACAGACUCAAGCUCAAUCACACCGGUGUCAAGUGAGGAGUAUAUGUUCAGCACAGUAGAAAAAGAAAAUAACAUGACAUCCUUACCCACAGCCGUUCCUGACACAAGUCAUGGCCCAACAGAUGAAACAUUAAGUGUGACCAUUUCCACGCAAACUGUUGCUGCCACACAACUUACAUCAGUGUCCACUGAACCUGGCACACUCAAAACAACGAGUAAAGCUUUUAAUGAAGAAUUUUCAGGUGAUGACUCUAGUGAAUGGACAGCAUCUGAGAAAACAACAUCAACAUCUACAGUCUCUUUACUGUUCAGCACUGAAAAACCAACUGUUGCCCCUGAACAAAGACAUACAAAUGGGGUGAUUCCAGGUGAACAAAAUCAAAGUAUGUUCACUGAGGGCAUAAUAACAACAGAUAAGGCAGAACACAUCUCACCAACCUCACCUGGCACUGCCACAGGAGAGUUUACAAAGUCACCAGCAAGUGCUCCCUCUUCUCUUUAUAGUACAGGGAAACCAUCUGUCACUGUUUUGAAAGACGUAACUGAUGCAGACACUUCAAUGUAUCCAACUUCUGCUCCACUAACAACUUCAACCUUCAACAUGAAGGUAGAACCAGUAACAUUUUCCGUGACCUCAACUGAACCUGCCAUGGAGCAUAUAGCAAUUGCAGUAUCACAUACUGCUUCCAGUCUUUAUAGCACUGAGAAGCCAACUGUCACAUCAUCUCCUGAUGUUACUGGGAAGGAUAGCUCUGAUGAUUACACUGUCACAAAACCUGCAACACAAAAAGAUACUCUUCUGCACAGUACAAUGGACCAAUUGCUUUCCACAAUGACAUCACCUCCUCACUACAGCACAGAUACAUUUUUAAUCCCAAGUAACAUUGAUGUUGUAGGCUCUGGAGAUUACCUUUCAGAAACCACAACUGCAUCAUCUAAGACUUUGACAAUCAAGACUGAAAAUACUGUGGCCCCUCCACUCUCCCAUCAUUUCAGCACAGAGAAACCCACCACAAUGACCUUAGAGUAUACAACUCAAAUGAGUGAGAUAACCACAGAGUUAGUGAAAGCAUCAUCAUCAGAAACAGUUUCAACUCCUACCAAUGGUGCAUUAUCAACCCCAGCACAUGAAGAGAGCACAAGGGACCACGUUACCUCUAAAUCUACAAAAGAAUCAACUUCCACAUUGACAGUAUCUUCUCUUUCAAGCUCUCCCAAGCCUGAUGUAAUGGUUCAGUUUGUUACUACUUAUGUACCUGAACCAGAUACGGCACAAUCUGAGGUGUCCUUCCAACAGGCCCGCUCUGAGAUCAUGUUCACUCAUCAUCCACACAUUGAAAUCUCCUCUGAGAAAACUGUGUUGGCCACAACCAGCCCAAUGAUGCCAAGUGAGGAGUCAAGCCAGCACUUUGAACCUAGUGAUGUGAUUUCCCAGACUGCAAUUACACCCUCAUCACUGAAAGAGAAAACAGCUGAAGCACAGAGCCAAGCAGCUAUGACCAACGAAGUUUCAACUGAUGCUAGAGGUAGCACAGUUGAAGAUAGUAAAACAUCUGUUGACGACUCAAUAACUUCCCAUCUUACUGAUCAAACUGUUUAUUCUAAAGGGACAGAGCCUUCCUCUGCAGACUCAAGCUCAGUGGAAACAUCUGCAGUGAGUUCAAGUGAACAAACUCUAGAAGCAACAGCUUCUUCACUUUCAAUGCCAACAAAAGCGAUGCCAUCCUCAACUGUGUCCUCACCUUUUAGCACCGAGACUCCAUUGGUUGCUUCCAUUUCUGAUGUCACUGAUCGAGUGUCUUUUGAAAAGUCAUCAACAACAUUGCCCAAAACGGUGACAGGAAAGACAGGAGAGACUGCAACUUCCCCAUCCACCUAUCAAAAGUCAACUGCAGUGUCAAGUUUUUCAAGUACAUCAUCGGAGAGUGAGGACAUCCCUGUUUUAACAGAAACAACUAUGAGCAUUUUAACAGAAGAAGAAGGUUCAGGUUCUGUCACUCCGGAUGUUUCCUCUGUUUCCGGUACUAUUGAUUUGGAUAUAACCACAAGCACUUUAUCACCUGAGAUGGCAAACACCCAAACAGAUCAACUAGAACCCUCUACCUCUGAACAAACCUCAGGUCCGAAGGCAACUGAGACCUUCAUCACUGACGCUUAUGCAACACAAUACCGUGCUGUGACCAGCACUGAAGAGUCACCAAAUACAUUAACUUCUGUUGAAUCAGGUUCAACAGCUUCUGAAAGUGAAGAGACACAAGAUGCAGACCUAACAAGCACACAUCAACCUAUUGGUGUUACUCAUGCAGCAGAAAUCUCUAUGAGUUCAGAGACUAAAGUAGUAGUCACCACAAUGCCAACAGAACACAUUUCCCUUGAAUCUACUUCAAAUGUUCCCUCAAAAUCAUCACCAUCACAGCCUGAAGUCAUGGUCCAAUUUCUCACAACGUUUUCCCCUGCAGAACACCUAACCACUCCCCAGAGGUCAUUUGAACAGGCCAGAUCAGAGAUUGCAAUAACACACAUGCCUCACACUGAUCUUUCUUCUCAUGAUAUAUCACUGACCACGACUCGCCCUAUGUUCACAAGUCAUGAAGCAAACCAGAUUACAGAAUCAACAACUGUGCCCGCUACCUCUUCUUCUGUGGCUGAAGCUGUUUCUGCUUCAGUGGAAGAUGAGACAGUUGAAUCCUUGAAUCCUGGUGCAAAGCCAGAACCAUCUCCAGAUACAGUUCACCAACCCACCUCUUUAGAAAAUAUAUAUAAUGACAAUACAGAUUAUCCCGUCCCAGAUUAUGAAGAUCCAAACCUUACCAUUGUUGAAUCAACUCCACCAUCCAAUAAAACCAAAACAUCACAAGACACAGCAGUGUUCCUUACUACACCAGCUGUUGCUCCUCAACCAUCUGAGAGUCAACCUACUGACUCAGUAAGCAGUUCUGGAAGUAGCUCAGAAGAAAGGUCUUCUACAAAGUCUCCCGUAGAAGCAGCAGCAGCUAUCACUUUCUUGCCUUCUGCUUCAGCUCCCGUCAGUACAGCAUCCUCCUCUAGUUCUGAGAGUGGUUCAGAAAGCAUUAGCAGCUCAGGAGAAAGCAUGUUGAUCAAGAUAGAUAAUAAUGAAGUUGCGAACGUCACACCUGAAAUGAUAUCUGCCACGACUAGGUCACCAUUUAUCCUUAGCACUAGGGCUGAAAGUGGGUCCGUCAGUUCUGAGAGUGCAUCCUCCAGCUCUGAGAAUGUGUCUGAUGAAAUUACAAUUACUACAAAGAAACCAAAGAUCAUCAAUACGGAGCAACAGUCCCUGUCCCUAGAUGAAAUUCUGACAGUAUUCAAGGUCAAUGCUACGACAGCCUCAAAGAUAGAGUCCACUAGUGUUGAUAGUACCUCUGGUAAAGAAGAUGAGAGCAAAAUGGACGUCUCUACUUACACUGAAAUACCCACAAGGACCCAAACAGAGUUCACAACGGCACCAGCUCAAGCCCAAAGCCAUUCAGUUUUGGAUGCAUCUCUAGCCACCACUCCGUCAUCUUUUUCUGAGGAACAACAUAAUGACACAACAGUCAUUAAAGGAGAACCACCACUAACAGGGGAGGAAACAACUGCAUUAGCUGACAUAGGAUUCGAGUUGGGGCACACUGUCGAUGGCGAGACAGUCGAAAUACAAGACUCGUGUACAGAAAAUAUUUGUCUCAAUGGAGGAUCUUGCUUCAAGAGUGGCAGCAUCUAUACGUGUAGCUGUACUCCUGGUUACGGUGGUUAUCGCUGUGAAACAGACAUCGAUGAGUGCCAGUCAAACCCAUGCCGCAAUGGAGGUACAUGUUUUGAUCGGCUGGCCUACUUUACUUGUGUCUGCCUACCAAGCUACUCUGGGCUGUAUUGCGAGGAGGAUACAGAAACAUGUGACUAUGGCUGGCAUAAGUUCCAGGGCCACUGCUACAAGUACUUCCCCCAAAGAAGAAACUGGGACACAGCAGAGAGAGAGUGUCGCAUGCAUGGGGCUCAUCUCACCAGCAUCCUCUCCCUCGAGGAGCAACAUUAUGUCAACCGUCUUGGACAGGACUACCAGUGGAUUGGCCUGAAUGAUAAGAUGUUUGACAGUGAUUUCAGCUGGACUGACGGCAGACCUGUGCAAUAUGAAAACUGGAGACCCAACCAGCCUGACAGCUUCUUCUCUUCUGGUGAGGAUUGUGUUGUGAUGAUAUGGCACGAGGACGGCCAAUGGAAUGAUGUUCCUUGCAACUACCAUCUGACCUACACUUGCAAAAAGGGCACAGUGGCCUGUAACCAGCCCCCUCUGGUGGAGAAUGCACGUACCUUUGGUAAAAAGCGUGAGAGGUAUGAGAUCAACUCGCUGGUGAGAUACCAGUGUCGAACAGGCUUUAUUCAGAGGCACGUCCCAACUAUCCGUUGUCGUGGAGAUGGACGAUGGGAUAGCCCUAAAAUAGCCUGCAAUAACCCAUCAAGCUAUCAGAGGAAUGUUUUCCAAAAACAUCAACACAAGAGUCUCUACAGCGUAAACAACUUUAAAAGUUCUCCGGACGCAGCCUUUCACCAUCAGCGCUACCGGGGAAGAAGAGAGAGAACUGAACAUAAGCAGAACAGAAAGUAAUGCCAUUUAACGGGGCACAGCUUCCCCUGGACAAGAACACAUGGCUGAUGCUUGUGUGAAAGAGGAAAACGAUUCCCCAAGAAAAAGCACAUGAGAAAACUCAUCAAAAGAAACCAGGCGGAUAACCUGCAGCUUUUGUUGCGUUUUGGAUGACAAUGGAAUCUUAUCAAGUGCCUUUUGAAAAGAUGUUGAUACAUAACUUUUCUUAUCAAGGAGCACAGUUUUAUAACAAUGCCAAUGUGGAUUUAACACUUUCAGCUGGCUACUGGAAAAGCAAAAAAGUGUACUCAUUCUUUUUAAACUGCGGACGUUUUUUAUUUUUCCAGCUUAUCAAAUAAUACAUUCAUGACUGUUGUCUAAUGACUUGUACACCAAAUGUUUUAUUUAAAAUCACCAUAAGUAUUCCUUAUUCAUA